CCUGUGCGGCUCAGCAGGAACAGGCAAGGGGGCCCCCCACCCAAGCUUGCCCGCCCCGCUUCCGAGGCUCGCUCAAUCUGAUUGAGGAAUGUGAAAUGGCCACACCAAGGCCAGAGAAUGGGCUGACGUCUCGCGAUUUCAUCUUACGACCAACGACGCACCUCACGACAGGACACACAACAAGCCCACGCACACAGCACACAUUGCAGAGCAGCAGGAGCAGGGGCACCUUGCCGGUUCGGAUAAGAAGCUCGCAGCCAUGGCCUCCAGGCACAGAGUCGCACAGCAGCUGCUGCGCUCACGACCACGGCUCCAACACACCACAAGGCACACAUCGCGCCUCUUCUCGUCACGCGGCCCUUCAGCAAGCACACCGCGCCCGACCCUGCUCUCAGCUGCCGCAAUCGGCGCAGUCUCCCUCGCCUCAGUCGCGGCCUACAACAUGGCCGUCGCCGAUCCCAUACAUAUGGAGGCCCGGAGCGUGGCCGACGCCGACGAACGCCGGAAGCGCGAGCAAGGCGUCGACGACCAGUCCCCGAUGCGGUUACGAAUGGAGAAGUUCAUCCGCGAACAGCAAGAACACAUUGUCUCUGAGCUCGAAAUGAUUGACGGCAAGCGCUUCAAGCGCGACGAGUGGCAACGGCCACACGGCGGCGGCGGGCUCUCGUGCGUCCUGCAGGAGGGCAACGUCUUUGAAAAGGCCGGCGUCAACAUCAGCGUCGUCUACGGCACCCUCAACCCGCAGGCGAUCAAGGCCAUGAAGGCCAACCACAAGACCAUGGACGACGACGAGGCCCUCGACUUCUACGCCCUCGGCCUCAGCAUGGUCCUCCACCCCAAGAACCCCAUGGCCCCGACGGUGCACCUCAACUACCGCUACUUUGAGACGAUGAGGGCCGACGGCACCUCGCAGGCCUGGUGGUUUGGCGGCGGCGCCGACCUGACGCCCAGCUACCUCUUCGACGAGGACGCCGUGCACUUCCACAAGACCCUCAAGGAGGCCUGCGACAAGCACGACAAGACAUACUACCCGCGGUUCAAGAAGUGGUGCGACGAGUACUUCUCCAACAAGCACCGCGGCGAGACCCGCGGCGUCGGCGGCAUCUUCUUUGACGACCUUGACGCCGCCGAGGCCGACGCCGAGAACACGUUUGCCUUUAUCCAGGACUGCCUCAAGAGCUUCCUCCCGUCCUACGUGCCCAUCAUCAACCGGCGAAAGGACAUGCCCUUUACCGAAAAGGAAAAGGAGUGGCAGCAGGUCCGCCGCGGGCGGUACGUCGAGUUCAACCUGGUCCACGACCGGGGCACGGCGUUUGGCCUCAACGUGCCCGGGUCAAGGGUGGAGAGCAUCCUCAUGACUCUGCCGCUGACGGCCCAAUGGCGGUACAUGUACGAGCCGGACCCCAAGAGCAGGGAGCAGCGGCUCCUGGACGUCUUGAGGGAUCCCAAGGAGUGGGUUUGAGUUUCUGAUUGUGGCAUGCAUCUUGGUUAGGGCGGAGGGGCGUUCUUGGCAUGUACAAAGCAUAAAACAAAACGGGAGCAUUAGACGGGGAGCGGGAUCUGUAAAACUAUCAUGUAAACAGAGGCAAGCAUCUAGAUGGAGACACCAGCGCCGAGCAUAGCGCGCACACAAGAGUGCUCGACACAGCCGAGCGACACUACUACAGCAAAAGUUUCAAAAUGUUUGAGCAUCACCAGAGCAAUACACGUUUGACAAGCCUGGGUCUGACAAUGUCCUUUGUCCCUGGACAAUAAGUCCAGCUUGGUCCGCAUGAAGUUUCCCAAUU